AUGUUUGAUCCCAGUGUUCAUGUGAAGUAUUUCAUUCGAUGUCUUGGGCUGCUUCCCUCCAGGUACGAGUCGGAAGAUUCUAAUAGGCUGGCACUGACGUAUUUCUGUAUCUGUGCUUUAGACUUGCUGAAUGCUUUGAAUCAGCUGCCUGAAAAGGAAACUAUCAUUGAUUGGAUUUACACUCAAUUAGUGGAAGAAAGCGAUCAUUGUGGAUUCCGCGGCUCCGACAUAUAUAGAGACUGUGGAAGCUAUGAUGUUGCCAAUCUUGCAGCUACCGGGUUCGCGUUGCAGAUACUGGUGAGUUUAGGAGACGACCUCGAACGACUGGACAAAGAUAAGGUUUCGCGGUUUGUUGAUCUGUGUCAACGCCCAAACGGAUCUUUCAGCCCUAUUGUUGGUUUCGGUGAAGACGAUUUACGUUAUUGCAUGCUGGCCAUGAUGAUUAAACGUCUUCUACGGGUCGAUCCCACCGACUCUUCAAAACUGAUUGAAUACAUCCACUCUACUUUGGCUUUUGAUGGCGGGCUAUCGAUGAACGAAGGAGCAGAAUCCCAUGCUGGUCUCACGUAUUGUGGCCUGAGCGCAUUGAAACUUGCUGGAAAGCUCGAGCCUCGUGACUGGGUGUCGACAAUUGAUUUUCUGGUGCAUAGACAGGUUCAAUUUAACAUUCACAAUGAGCCGGAACUCCAAAAUGACUACGCCGACCCGGACGAUUUUGGUGGCUUCAAUGGAAGAGAAAACAAAUAUGCCGAUACAUGUUAUGCCUUCUGGUGUGUUGCCGCACUUGAGCUGUUGAAUGAGUCGAAGUUGGUUGAUAGAGAUGCAAUGAUCCGGUUCCUAUUAUCGCAAACUCUCUCAAGAAUCACCGGCGGAUUUACAAAAACAAAUAGUCCAGAUGAAAUUCCGGACCCAUUUCACUCCUUUCUCGGAAUUGCUGUACUGGGUAUCGUGAAUCAGGAGAAGACUAUAGCAAAUGUCGAUGUUGCGGUUGUUUUACGUAAAAACAGACUAUAA